AUGUACAUGAUAUGGGCCAGUAUUUACGGAGCAUGGGUUAAUCUUCUUUGCGAUUCGACGGCAGACACUGCAACACUGCAAGUUCUUGGUUCGAUUACCCAUAUCGCAUUCAUACACGAUCCUGUUAAUCUUUUAGGGAUUCCGGAAAUCAUCUACGGGCUUUAUCAGCAAAUGCUCACGUCGUGGCGUGAGAACUCACGGGGGAUUUUGUCGAUGUUCACAGCUGAACAAGCGCCACCACCCUUGAUUGCUAGCAAUAUGUAUGGAGUGUCUCCAUGGGCCACAUAUCUCCUUCUUCUUGUGGAAAGCAAGAGUUAUCCAGUGUUUUAUCAACAUUUAUACGAAACUCUGGUGAAGAAAGAUAAGACCACUGUAGAACAAGGCCGCGAAGCGUCGAAGUCAUCCAUCCUCCUACCUCUACCCAGGAUUGCUGUGUACAGAUGGGCUGAAUUCAUUCCAAUUUGCAAAGACAGCACUGUAUUUCCUCUAGCUGUGCAACGCCUGGCCACUGAGAGUUACCGACUGAAAACUGUGAAUGGCCUCGCCAAAGCAGUGAAUGGCUGGCUGUUCUGCUCACAUGAAGUCACUCGCAAGGGAUUCGAUUUCUCGGUCUUCGAUUUGGAUUACCUCUUGCAGCUUAUCCUGGCCGAUGACAAGAACAUUUGGCUAGAUUUUGUCGACAGAAACAAGUUGACGCAAGAAGAACAACAGGAGGAAAAGUUAUUUUCGCUGACAUGCCAUUUGGGACCAAGAGAUCCUUCUCAGCACAUAUCUGAUCAUUUCUUGAACAAGCCAAGAAACUCGAGAGCGAUUGGUUUUCCUGUACUGCCUGCUCACCGUAGCUUACCGCCUGCACCAGUUGUUGAUAUGAGUGCAAUAUUUCAUGUGAAUACUAUUAUGGAAAUGAUAAAUCCACUCAUCAAACAUAUCCGUACAAUAUCGGACGAAAGCUCCAUACAGGGUGUCAUGCAGCAAAUACCGGUGCAAUUGCGAUGUGGGAUUCGCUGCACAAAUCCUUUCAAUACUGCAGUUCAGGUCACUACUACGAAGUUCAACGAAGCGGCUGAUGCUCAAAUGGCUCAGAGUCGCGAGAAACGGAAUACCAUUCUUGGGGAAUUGCACACAGGUGUGCUGGAUCGAACAGCGAUAGCAUCGGCGACAAUGGAACACAUAGCAAGGCAGCUCGCUCGGCUGAGCGUUCUCUGCUCUCCUUCGCAUCGAGGUGGUGCGCAGAUGUCUGGAAGAGCUAUGCUGAAGACUGUAACGUCGUCUGUAACUGGAACGGAAAUGCUAUUCCCUGCCGCUUCGGCGGCAUAUGAAAAUACAUUACGAGUGCUAGCUGAAGUGAGUGAACAUUGGGAAUUUGGUUUCAGACGAAUUAGGCGCAGGUGUCGAUGA